AUGAAUCUUGUAAGGUUUAUGAACAACCGUGUUCCUCCUAACAAGAGAUACCAGCCCACAGAGUAUGAGCAUGCUGCCAAUUGUGCCACGCAUGCGUUAUGGAUAAUCCCCAGCCUGCUGGGCAGCUCAGUGUUACACUUCCAGUCGGAGGACCGAUGGGAGCAAGUGUCUGCCUGGGUGUACGGGGCGGGGCUCAGCUCGCUCUUCAUCAUCUCCACCCUGUUCCACACUGUGGCCUGGAAGAAGAGCCACUUACGGUCUGUGGAGCACUGUUUCCACAUGUGUGACAGGAUGGUGAUCUAUUUCUUCAUUGCUGCCUCCUACGCCCCUUGGCUGAACCUGCGGGAGCUGGGUCCCUGGGCGUGCCACAUGCGCUGGUUGGUGUGGGUAAUGGCUUCUUUUGGGACCACCUAUGUCUUCUUCUUCCAUGAGAGGUAUAAGCUCAUGGAGUUGAUCUGCUACACAGUGAUGGGGGUUUUUCCUGCCUUGGUCAUCCUCUCAAUGCCGGAGCAGUCGGGGCUGUGUGAGCUGCUGCUGGGUGGAGCCUGCUACUGUCUGGGGAUGGUCUUCUUUAAAAGUGAUGGCAUUGUCCCAUUUGCUCAUGCCAUUUGGCACCUGUUUGUAGCUAUGGGAGCAGCCAUACACUACUACGCCAUCUGGAAGUACCUCUACGCCCAGCCACCCAAUCAGGUCCAGACCUCCAGAUGA